AUGAGCAUCUACAGUUUCCUCAUCGCCGUUCGAUCGGGGGGAGAAAUGUUGACAAACGAAGAUGGCGAAACUACCUCGCACCUAAUGGGCAUGUUCUAUCGCACACUACGAAUCGUCGAUAACGGAAUCAAGCCAGUCUAUGUAUUCGAUGGCGCCCCCCCAAAGCUUAAAUCCGGAGAGCUUGCAAAACGUUUUCAACGAAAGGCGACGGCUGCUGAAGGAUUGGAGGAGGCAAAGGAGACGGGUACCGCAGAAGAUGUCGAGAAAUUCUCCCGAAGAACCGUCCGAGUUACUAGAGAACACAAUGCCGAGUGUCAAAGACUCCUGAAGCUUAUGGGUAUUCCAUUUAUUAUUGCACCAACAGAAGCUGAGGCGCAAUGUGCGACUUUGGCAAGAGCUGGCAAGGUUUAUGCUGCUGCGAGUGAGGAUAUGGAUACUUUGUGCUUUGAUUCUCCCGUCUUGCUUAGACAUCUGACCUUCAGUGAACAGCGUAAGGAACCAAUUCAAGAGAUUUUCUUGGAUAAGGUCAUGGCAGGAUUAGGCAUGGAUCGAGAACAGGUAGACUACUUUACAGGCCUAUGAAGAACAAAACUAAUUAAUUACAGUUCGUCGAUCUCUGUAUUCUUCUAGGCUGCGAUUACCUCGAUCCCGUUCCCAAAGUCGGUCCUAAUACAGCACUAAAGCUUAUCCGCGAACACAAGAAUCUUGAAAACUUUGUCGAAUUCGCUCAGAAGACUAAGAAGUUCGCAAUUCCAGAAGAUUGGCCAUAUGCCGAUGCGCGAGAUCUUUUCUUCAAGCCUGAUGUACGACCAGCCGACCACGAUGAUUGCGACUUCAAAUGGGAACAACCAGAUAUCGACGGACUCGUCCAAUUCCUCGUCACAGAGAAGGGCUUUUCCGAGGACAGAGUACGAAAUGGAGCCGCGAGAUUACAAAAGAACUUGAAGUCGGGACAACAAGCUAGAUUGGAAGGUUUCUUCAAGCCGAUUCCAAAGACAGAUGAGGAACUCAAAACCUUGAAGCGAAAGAAUGACGAAAAGAAUGAGGAGAAGAAAAAGAAGCUCAAGGAAGAAAAGAAGGAGAAGAAGCAGGCGAAGGCUAAGCCUAGAGGAACUGCCUAGAUGUACUUUAUUUCCUCUUGCUGACUUUGCUUGUUCUUGCUUUCAUGGUGCAUUGGCGACGGAUAGGCUGGGCUGGGCUGGGCUGGA